GUUGGAUUAAGGUUAAGAAUCUUUCUUGUGGCAUGCCUAGAGAGCAAGGUCUGCAUCAUCAUUCAAAUACGACUUCAUCUUUUUGAUAUUGAGCUUACCCCUUUUGCGUUGAGAACAAUUGGGUCAUACACCAUCUUUUCUACAAAAGGAAUGCACUUUCUCUGAUCAUCAUCUUCUCAUCUGGCAAAUGGGGUUCUCUUUUCUCUUUCACUGCCUCCUCAUCUUAUCUGUCUUAUUCUCCAAUAAUGUUUUUAGUGUUCAUGCAUUUACAGGAACCUAUGGAGUAAACUAUGGCAGGAUUGCUGAUAAUUUACCUUCUCCGCACAGCGUGGUGACACUACUUAAAGCUGCAAAGAUAAAGAACACCAGAAUCUACGACGCUAAUCAUGACGUCCUCACAGCCUUCAAAGGGUCUGGCAUCGAAAUAAUCGUUGGACUUGGGAACGAGUAUUUGAAGGAAAUUAGCAUAGGCGAGGAUCGCGCAAUGAAUUGGAUAAAAGAAAAUGUUCAGUCAUAUCUCCCUGGAACUAAAAUCGUCGGGAUUGCCGUUGGGAAUGAGAUUUUAGGAGCUACUGAUGUGGAAUUAUGGGAAGUUCUGCUACCAGCAGCUAAGAAUGUUUACAGUGCCUUAUCUAGGCUGAAUUUGGAGAAGACUGUUGAGGUCUCGAGCCCGAAUUCAGAAGCUGUGUUUGCCAAUUCAUAUCCACCAUCAGCUUGCACAUUCAAGGAAGAUGUUCUCGUCUACAUGAAGCCACUCCUACAAUUCUUCUCACAAAUUGGUUCCCCAUUUUACAUAAAUGCGUAUCCUUUUCUAGCCUACAAGUUUGAUCCUGAGCACAUCGACAUCCGCUACGCUCUCUUUGAGAAAAAUCCAGGAAUUUAUGAUGCAAAGACCAAUAUACAUUACAGCAACAUGUUUGAGGCUCAAGUUGAUGCAGCAUAUGUAGCAUUAGAGAAGGCUGGAUUUGGAAAGAUGGAAGUCAUAGUUUCAGAAACUGGCUGGGCAUCUCGCGGGGAUGAAAAUGAAGCUGGCGCCACGAUUAAGAACGCGAGGACUUAUAAUCAUAAUCUGCGUAAACUGCUAGCGAAAAAGAAGGGGAGUCCAUACAGGCCUAAGAAGGUGAUGAAGGCUUAUGUAUUUGCAUUGUUCAAUGAGAAUUUGAAGCCAGGGCCUACUUCUGAGAGGAACUUUGGAUUGUUUAAACCAGAUGGAAGCAUUGCAUAUGAUAUUGGGUUCACAGGACUUAAGGACUCAUCGGCAGCCUCACUGCGCCUCCUGUCUUUCAAGGGUAUUGGAGCUCAUCAUGGUUGGUUCCCAUCCUCGUACGCGUUGGUUUUAACAGUUUGUGCUGCAUCUGUGCUUCUAAUUCUAAGCUCAUGACUGGUUUAAGGGCUAAAAAGUUGGCUAAUUCCCGGCUCGACCAAGCGUGAUUAAAUUACUGUAACACAUUCAUUUAUAUUCAUUCAAUUCCUUUGAUUCUUGAAUUAACAUCUGAUGGUUGAUGUGAAGAAAUUGAUGAUGGUUUCUUUUCUUUCUUUUGUUUCAUUCAUUUUCUUUCAGCAAUGUACCAUGGUCUUGUAAAUUUGGGAAAAAGAAGAAGAAAAAGCCUUUCUGACAUCGUUUAGGCUUCAAGUUCUGUUAAUUGAUCCAUAUUAUAAGUACUUUUACAAGUCUAUUGGUAUACAGUAUGAUUGAGACCAAAUUAAAAUCACCACAAAGUGGAGCACCAUGUAAAUUAAG